AUGUCCCAGUCUGGAAAAGUCCUUCAUCUGUACGUGGAGGUAAGGUCAGCCCCGGAGCAGGAUGGGAAGGGGGGCUUGGGGGGAGGAGUGGAGGGUCCUGGGACUGGGAGUAACUCAGCCUCAGCACAGGAUGGGCCAGCUGGGCUUUUGUCCAAGCUAACCUGCCAGACAAAAUGUCAGACUCCUACCAAAGCUCCAACGCACCGCCUAGCCCAUAACUUCACUCACACCCAGUCUCCCUCCAGACACACAGUGAGCUUCCAGCUCCACCAAGGCAAUGGCAACCAGUCGCCUAGCAUCUCCAAGCGGCAGAGUUUACCAGCAGCACUGAACCAUUCCCCAGCCUUUUCCAGAAAUGGGAGGACCACCACCCCCCACAAACCCUCCUCCAAAGGGCAGGGGGUGGGGGGAAAUGCCAAACGCUCGGUGGUCACCUUCAGCUACAUUGAGAAGGCUAACGUCAAGACAGUGGAGAGCCCACAGAACUCUGCCUGUGAGAGGAGGUCUAGGGAGGAGAGGUCGUCCCCACCUUCCUACCCCCGGAAGAGACUCAGCGACCCCAUCUGGUUGGGUAGUCCUGGCUCCUCCUGCAGCUCCAGUCCCAAACUAGCGUUUCGUCCCCCAGGGUGUAUCCAGCAACAACAGCAACCGUCAGUCUCCCCCAGCCACCGCCACCCCGUCUUGGAUCCCGUUGGCAGGGCAGCCACCCAGCUUGCCCUGGAAGAGUUUGGGUUUGGUUCCCCCCUGCACAGGAGUAAGAUCCUCCAUGGGCUCGAGCAGAGUCCCAGGUGCUCCCGCCACAACCAGCAGGCCCGUUGCCUGUCCUGGGCAGGCGGCUCUCCUAUCCAACGCCACAGCGCCUGCAAUAAUCUCCCCAAUAAUCACGACAUGGACACAGAUAGAAACCGGGCCAUUUGCGGGCCAUUACCCAGGAGCCCAGCCUCCGACCAGCUUUCGUCUCAUGCUAGCCAGGCCGCUCUGGGUAUGUCUCCUAACUCGAGACCCAGGUUGUGUAUGGGGCCCAAGGCCCAGAGCCCACACCAAUGGGAACGUCAGGACAAAGCUAUCAUAGGGAGUCCAGCCACCCAGAGACAAGUACACAAGCCCUGUAACAGCAGUUCCUCCCCUCAAGGGACCAUUCUCCAACUUAGCAAUAAACUAGGGGUGGGAACUGUACUGAACCAGCUAAGUGGUAGCAAACCCUCCUCCCCAUCCAACAGCCCUGAAGUGGCCCGGAGGCUAGCUGAGGAGGCUACUAAAGUGUCCUCUAUUUUAGCAGAGGUAAGGAGGAACUCAUUGACAUUGCACAGCACUUUAGACGAAGUAGAGAGCCUCAACUGUGGAUGUAUGUCCAGAGAAGCCAACAGUUCUGUCCCAAAAGCACAUCUGCAACAUUUGCAGCAUCAGAAAGUUAAGAUGAACAUCCCUUUACACGGCCUACACACACCAGCAUCGAACGACACUGACUCUCACCAGACUGGAAACUCUUUACCAUCGUCACGCACACAGGACACAAACUCUCCAACACUAACCAAUCAUGGGACACAGCGCGGAGGAGGGCAGGCUCUGGGUCAGAGCUCCAUCCUAUCAGACGCAGUAGUGGGUGGAGGAGUGUCCCCAGCCCUGCCUUCACGCUUCCUCCGUCCAUUUCUUCCACCAGCCGAGACCAGCUCCCCUCUGAGGGACCCCAGGCUGCUGAGAGCCCAGCUCAGAGUCACCGACAGCCCCACGCUGCACCGCUGUCAGCCCCCUCAAUACACUGGAGAUUUCUGGUCCUUUGAGCCGGACAGGAGAGCCGACUUGUCCUGCUUCGACAGGGGGGACAGUGCCGAGCUGGCCCGUAGGCUCUACAUACGCCAGAGUGUGGAAGAAGCCCCUGUCAGCUGGACUUCCAGGCAGCCCUGGAGCCACCUGGUAGGGGAGGAGAGCAGCAGCUCCAGGUCCAGCCCCAGACAUGGACCUGGACCCGGUCAGCAGCCCUUGAGCACGGCCCAGCAGAAGAGGGCUGAGCAGAGGAGGAGGGAGGUUCUGCUGCUGGGCCCUGUGGUGCUGGACUCCCCAGAGGAGGACGAGGGCCUGGAUGGGGAUGGGGAAGGGGAGGAGGUUUCGGGACAAGGGCAGCAGCCAAGCCUGCUGAGGGUGGAGGAGCCUCGAGGGGGGGAGCAAAUUGGGAUAGCGGGGUCCUCGUCGCGCAGCUCCAGCGGGGUGACGGGCAGCCUAGGUGAAAGGGAAUGUGUGUCCCCAGAGUCCAGUCAGUCCAGCCACCAGAGCAACGAGACAGGGGCUGCCACUUCAGGGAUACAGACGGACAGUGGCACUGCAGUCCCAGGCCCCUCCCUCCACUCCCAGAGGAUAGCUCGUGCCAAGUGGGAGUUCCUAUUUGGGACACCCGCUGAGGAGGCUGCCAGCAGGGGGGAGAAAAGUACCAUCGAACCCUCCACAGCUCCUCCCAGUGGCCAGUCCAGUGAAUCCCCCACCUCCCCCACCUCCCUCCCCCUCAUCUCAGCCAAUCACGAGGUGCAGCACGUGGAGGUGGAGCUGGUGACUCCAGCGGCGGCGGGGGAGUCGCCAAAGACGGGCAUCAUCCGGAGGACCCUCAAGUACUCGGAGACGGACCUGGACGCCGUGCCCCUGCGCUGCUACCACGAGACCGACAUCGAUGAGGUGCUAUUGGCUGAGCAGGAAGACGCCGACUCAGCGCAGCAGCCCCCUGGGUGUCUGUCCCUAUGA